AUGACCGAAAACAGUGAAUUAUCACCGCUAGCGACUAUAAAUUGCAAACAACAGGCGAUUAGGGCUGUGCGUUUCAAUGUAGACGGUACAUAUUGCUUAUCAUGCGGCGCUGACAAGAAAAUCAAGCUUUGGAAUCCUCAAAAUCAGUUGUUAUUAAAAACGUACGGUGGACAUGCUAACGAAGUGCUGGACGCUGCUGGUUCUUGCGACAGCAGUCACAUAAUCUCAUGCAGUGCGGAUAAAUCUGUUAUAUUAUGGGACGUGACCACAGGGCAGCCAGUAAGACGUUACAGAGGCCACGCCAGCUCCGUAACCUGUGUAAAAUUUAACGAAGAAUCGACCAUGGCAGUAUCUGGAUCCAUAGACAAUACGGUUUGUUUUUGGGACGUAGUAAGCCGACGUCAGGAGCCUGUACAGAUUUUGAAAGACGCCAAAGACACUAUAACCUCCGUGCAGGUUACUGACCAUGAAGUUUUGACAUCCUCCGUAGAUUGUCAUACUAGAUUAUACGAUUUGCGAGUUGGCAAGAUGUUUUCAGACUACAUCGGCCAUAUUAUUACCUAUUCUAGCAUGACUCAUGACGGCCAGUGCUACUUACUUAGUUGCGCUGACAGCACAAUAAAAUUAUUCGACAAAGAUAGUGGCGAACUACUCAAUACAUUCUCUGGACAUGAAAGCAAGGACUACAUGCUUGAAAACGCGGUAAACGAGCGCGAUAGCCACAUCAUUUCCGGUUCCGCGACCGGGGAAAUAUUCUAUUGGGAUUUGAUAUCUAGUAAUUGUACGCAAAAGCUUAUACAUAUUAAAAACAAGCCGGUAGUAUCUUUGAGUCAUCAUCCAACUGCUAAUAAACUCUUGACAGCUUGUGAAGACGAGAUCAGGCUAUGGGGAGUACCUGUAGUAGAGGAAUAA